AUGCUUCGACCAACGACGACAUUUCCCCGCGCCCUGCGCUUCCACGGCGCUAAUCGUUCAAUCAGAAUUGGACAGGCAGCUGAAAAUUAUCACGCGAUUUGCACGGAUCCGCGACGCAUUUCUUGGGAUUCAUCCAAGAAGACCGCGUUUUUUGCUGCGGCUGGUGCUGCAUUAAUUGCCGUGGGAAUUCUAGGGACACACGACGCGCUGGCCGAAGAUUAUCACAAGUUUUUGAACUGGUCGGCCACGCACGAAUGUCGUCCGAAAAGCUUUCAUGUGCCUGAGACGGUGGAAGAAGUGGAGAAGCUACUGAAGACGUACCACGAUAAGAAGCAGAAACUUCGAUGCAUGGGCGCCGGCGUGUCGCCUAAUGGACUAGGCUUUUCUAGCAAAACAGAGGGCAAUGAUAAUGUUCAUGAGGCUCUGAUGACGAUGGCACUGCUGGAUAAGAUUAUCAAAGUAGACAAGAAGAAGAAACAAGUGACGGUGGAGACCGGGAUGAUCAUUGGUGAGCUACUGGACAAACUACGCAGCGACGGUCUGACCAUGCAAAACGUUGCAUCUAUCCGUGACCAACAGGUAGGUGGUAUCUGCCAAGCAGGAUGUCACGGAACGGGAGCGAGCAUUCCGCCCAUUGACGACCAAAUCGUCGAGAUGGAGAUUGUGACUCCGGCUAAAGGGAAAAUGACACUGAGUGCCACGCAGAACCCUGACCUUUUUGUAUUGGCCAAGUGCGGUCUUGGAGCACUCGGUGUCAUGACCAAAGUGACGCUGCAGUGCGUGCCCAUGCACAAACUUAUUGAAAAAACUACUGUGAUGACGCUGGACGAGAUUCGGAAACAUCACAACCGCUGGCUUGUGGAAUUUCAGCACCUACGGUACAUGUGGAUCCCGUACACGGACGCGAUUAUUGUGGUGCAGUGCCGCCGUGCUCAAGAUGACGAGCCUCUUGACGAGGAACGCUUUCCACCGGUGAAAUACAGUGAUGAGGUGCGUAUGGAGGCUCCCCGGAAGUUAUACUUGGAUCUGACAAAGGGAAAUCAGGCGCCGGACUAUCUCGACUGGAGCUUCACGAAGAUGCGUGACAAACUGCUUGAAAUCAAUCCGCUGGACACAAACCAUGUCAUUCGUGUGAACGAGGUGGAAAAGCAGUUCUGGAAGCUCAGCGAAGGCUACCGGGUUGCGUACUCGGACGACAUCAUUGGCUUUGACUGUGGCGGUCAACAGCUUGUGGAGGAAGUCUCUUUCCCGUGCACUGGCACGCUGGAUCUCGAUUUUAUGGAGAAGCUUCUCAAGCGCAUUGACGAGAACGACAUACCGGCGCACUCACCAAUCGAGCAGCGCUGGACAGCUCGUAGUGCUUCUUUGAUGAGUCCUGCGUCGUCGUCCAACCCGGACCAGAUCUUCUCAUGGGUGGGUGUUAUCCUGUACUUGCCAACCACUGAUAAAAAGGUUCGCGAGUCUAUCAGAAACCGCUUUACGGAAUUUUACGCCGUGUACCGCGAGUUUAUGGAGCCGUUCGGAGCGAUGGAGCACUGGGCGAAAAUUGAGUGGCCUGAGGAUGCUGCCGAACGCCAGAAGAUGCGUGAUCGCCUAAAGAAGAGAUACCCGUUGGAAAAGUUCAAAAAGGCUCGUGACGACGUGGACCCGCACCACAUCCUAUCAAAUCACAUCGUCGACGAGAUGUGUGCCUGA